AUGACCUUUGCUCGCAAUCUCUUCGUCAUCCAUCAAGAAAUAUCAGCACCUAAUAUGCAAGGCGAGACCAAUUUUAAGUGGACCUCCUUCUGCGUCCCCUACAGCGCCGUCCGCAACGACCAGUUCGGCCUCUCGCACUUCAACUGGCCGGCAGGCGCCAACUACCACGUCCUGCGCACCGGCUGCUUCCCCUUCAUCAAGUAUCACUGCUCCAAGGCCCCCUGGCAGGACCUGGCCCAGCAGGACCGGUUCUUCACGGCGCUCAAGGUCGUCAACCUCGGUAUUCCAACCUUAUUAUAUGGACUUGGCUCCUGGUUAUUUGCUAGAGUCACAGAGACUGUGCAUACCAGAUAUGGACCAAUAACAGUUUAUUUUCUAAAUAAAGAAGAUGAAGGUGCCAUGUAUUAAAAGUGUACAUUGGAGAACAUAAAUAUUAGUGGAUUUUCUCUUGUGUGUAUGUGCAAUAUUUAUUUUUGAUCCUUUAAAAUAAAACUUUUGCAAACACUU